AUCUCAACUCAGUAACUGAAUCGUUGCUGAUAGAAGCAAGCAAAAAAUCUACUAAUAAGAUUUCUUUUUAUACGACAUAUCUAUAAUUUAACGUUAUAUUAGAUAAAUUUUUGAAAUAAAACUUCUUUUGGGAGGGUAUCGAAAAUUUUCAAAUCAAAUCUUUUUUUUUAGCGUUAUCGAUCUUCCCCACGCUCACGCAUAUUUCGAGACAUUUGAUCCAUAACCAUUAUCCGAUUUAAGUUCUCUUGACAAUGAAUAAACUAUUCUGGACCAUCCAUUAAAUCCUCUAAGUUUUUUGCAAAUCUCAGAAGUGGGAUAAACGAAAAAAUAUUGAUCGGGCAAAAUUUUUUCCAUACCUGUAGAAAUAUAGACGAUAUUCAAAUGUCUUCGAACGAUAAGAUUUUAUCCAAGGAACAUCCUCGAAAUUUAAUACCGGAAUUAUGUCAACAAUUUUAUCAUUUAGGAUGGGUUACUGGUACUGGUGGGGGUAUAUCCAUCAAGCAUGAAGACAAAAUCUACAUAGCUCCAUCAGGCGUACAGAAAGAACGAAUAAAAGCAGAAGAUAUGUUUGUUCAAGAUAUAAAUGGAAAAGAUCUAGAACUACCACCAGUUGAAAAAAAAUUAAAAAAAUCACAAUGUACUCCACUAUUUAUGUGUGCCUAUCUUAGAAGAAAUGCUGGUGCUGUAAUCCAUACACAUUCUAAAGCUGCUUUGAUGGUUACUUUAUUAUGGCCUGGAAAAGAAUUUCAGGUCACUCAUCUUGAAAUGAUAAAAGGUAUAAGAAAUCAAAAGUUAGGAAAAGCUUAUCGUUAUGAUGAAAAGCUAGUGGUACCUAUAAUAGAAAAUACACCUUUCGAAGAAGAUUUAAGAGAGGAAUUAGAUAAAGCAAUUACUGAAUAUCCAGAAACUUGUGCAGUUUUAGUACGUAGACAUGGUGUUUAUGUUUGGGGAGAUACUUGGCAACAAGCCAAAACAAUGACUGAAUGUUAUGAUUAUUUAUUUGAUGUUGCCAUACAAAUGAAACAACAUGGUCUGAAUCCAGCAUCAACUCCAUCAGUAUUGUGAACUCCAUUGUUAAAAAAUAUUGUUAAAAUUACUAUAAUAGUUUUUGAUGCUUGAUUUUCAUGGAUUGGAACAGCUUGUAAUUGACAAUGAGAUGUUUUAUAAUUUCUUUCAAAAAAUACCGGUACUCGAUUUGUACUUGCAAAAUACGUUUUUAUUGCAUUUUUGUAUAAUUCUAUUUCUUUUAAAAUGUUGGAUGGUAGAACU